ACUAUAUUGUACAUUUACAUAUACAUUUAGUAAUUUAGCAGGCAAUUUUAUCCAAAGCAACGUACAAAGGAAAUAAGACAAUCCAGUUUGACCACUUCUGGUGCCAACCGUUGGGCAUAACUCAUCCUGCUGAAAGCGUACAUACACAUGCAAACAGUUUCUGUUUCUCCUCAGUCUUGGUCUGUGUUCCCUCACUGCACUGACACAGAGUUGCUUGAGAGCUGCUGGGUGAGAUCUGUUUAGGUACAGGACCAAGACUGUAUUUGGUGAAAACUCACGAUGGCUUCAAUACUGUCCGGGCAGAUUCAGUGUGCAGUGUGCUUGAGUGAUUUCACCGAUCCGGUGAGCCUGCCCUGCGAUCACUCAUUCUGUCGCAACUGCAUUACCGGUUACAUCAAUGUGACCGCUGGAGCCAGCCUGUGCCCCGAGUGCAGGCACCCCUUCUCCUCGAGUGACAUCAGAGAGAGCAGGUUCGUCCGCAACAUCACUGCGACUGUCAGAGAAUACCUGGACACCUCGAAGGGUCAGACAAAGCCACAGAAGCCACAGAAGGCCCCAGAGCCUCAGGGAGACCUGAUUUGCGCUGAACACGACGAGAAGCUGAAGCUGUUCUGUAUGACCGAUCAGAAGCUGGCGUGCACCAUCUGUAAGGAUCAGGAAAAACACCAGGGACACACGUUCAAACCGGUGGACGAGGCAGCCAAGAAAAACAAGGGUGAGCUGAAAGGAGCUCUGGGAUUUCUGGUGAAAGAGAACCAAGUACUCGAUGUCCUCAUUCAAGACCAAUUUGCUGAGAUUGCCAAGAGUGAGGAGAGGUCUGAUGUUCUUCAGGCCCAAGUCUCUUCCCAGUUUGAGGUACUGCACCAGUUUCUGAGGAAGAGAGAGGAGGAGAUACAGAGGGAGCUGGAGGAGAAGAGAAAGAGGUCUGUGUCAGCCAUGCAGCAAAACCUAUUUGACAUCCAGGGGAAAGCAGCCGAUGGCCAAGACAAGGCAGUGAUACUGAAGUCUGCACUGGAUAUCCCCCGACCUGACCACUUCCUGCAGUGGUGGCAUGACAAAGGAUUUCCUGUAACAGAGGGGAUGAAAGAAAGAUUGGAUGGACAGACAAAGUUCAAGUCAAAGGUCAAGAACCUGGUGGUGACCCCUGACUCUGUGUCAAUGGGUCCCUAUGAGUCCCACCUGCCCUUCUUUGUGUGGAGGGAGAUGCUGCAGACCAUCAAACCAGGCCUGGAGCGUCUGAGCAUUAAAGACCCAGGUGACUCCUAUCUCAUGGUGUCUCCUGGGGGUCACAGCAUUCGCCAGGCGGACAGAAUUAGCUACAAAAGCUACAACCCCAGCGCCAGCACCACCCAGACCUUCAAGACUGGCAGACACUACUGCGAGCUGGAGGUGGGGGGAAAGCCAAACUGGAGCAUCGGAGUCAAGGUGGAAAUGGCCAAAGGUCAAAUGACUAAAGUGGCUUUGCUUGUGCUGCCAGAGAAGGAAAUCCAGCUCCACCUUAAGAAUAGUGGCUUUGUCUUUACUCACGAUGGUUCCGAGUUCCCUGUAUUAAACCCUACCCAGGAUCUCCCCAGAAGGAUUGGCCUGUAUCUGGACUGUGAGAAGCAGCAGGUGUCCUUUUAUAAUGCAGACACCAUGAGUCUGAUACACUCAUCCUUCUGUAGUUUCCUCCAGCCAUGCUCCAUCAGUGUGUGUCCAGGCCUCUACAUGGAUGGGAAAAACUGUGGCCCACUUACUUUCUGCUGGUACUGAUUCAACAUUUCAUUGGCUUUGGAUAAAUGUGCCAGGUUAAUUCAUAAUCAAUACCAUAACCAUAUCAGCUAAUGCAUUAACUAAUGUUCAUAUAGAUUGUGUUAAUUUCAUGUUGUCACAAUCCUGCCCAGGAUCUCCUGAUCAUGAUUCAUAUGUUCCCUAUGUUUGGCGUUGUCUUGUGUUUCUGUUUCUAUUACGUGUGUUUGCUUCCUUGAUUGGUCAUGUGCUUCUAUGUUUACCUCCUGUGUUCCAUAUGCUUUUGUUGUCCCUUGUGUCUUUGCUCAUGCCCCUUUCAUUACUGCCCGUUGUGUCUUGUUGUUCCCUGCCCACCUGUGUCUGGUUUUCUCAUUGGAUUUAAUCCACUCUGGGAGGGCAACGCUAUUCAAGGAAUAUUCUAUUUCUCAUUAUUUGCAAAUGUGCAAAUAAUAGGUUUGAAUUCUUCAGUUCAGUUCACUUCAGUUACUAAACACAGUGACCUGAUGGAGGGGCAAGCAUGUAUAAUAGAGUUGACACUGUGUGGUGAUUGGUUGAAUAAAGUGAGUUAUUGGUUGAA